AAGAAAAAAUAAACAAACUUUAGCAUAGGAAAAUUAGACAAGGACAAGUUACAUCAUAUUAACCCUUCAUUCAUCCUUAUAUUCCGUGAUGCAUAUAAAUAUCUUACUAUAGUGAACAUUGAUAGUUCCAAAAUAUAGUGAACGUAGCAUCUUGACCCUAUUUUUCAAACCUACCCCACUUUUUUGUUGAAGAUUUUAUUUUAGCAAAAAUGAUGAAAAUGGUUCUGUUUUUGUUCUGCUUUGCUUCUGUUCUUACCCUUUCAGUUUCUGAGUCCAAAUCUGUUGUUUCUUUGAAACCUCAUGCUUUAGACUCCUUUGAUGUUGGCUAUAUCCAGAUGAAAGGUGAACAAAACUGUUCUUAUUUGGUGAGGAUAGAAACAAGCUGUUCUUCUCCUAAGUUUACUAGUGAUGAGAUCAGUAUUGCUUUUGGGGAUGCUAGUGGAAACCAGGUAUAUGGACCAAGACUAGAUGAUCCGGUUUCAAGAACAUUUGAACAAUGUUCAUCAGAUUCAUUUCAAAUAGAUGGACCAUGUGCAUCUCCAAUUUGUUAUGUGUAUCUAUAUAGAUCUGGUUCAUCAGAUAAUAAAGGUUGGAAGCCAGAAAAUGUGAAGAUCUAUGGAUUCAAUGCAGAUCCUGUUACAUUUACUUUUAACACCUCCAUUCCUAGUGACACUUGGUAUGGAUAUAAUUUGUGUGACACUCCAGCUCCUUCAUCUUCAAUUCAACUAUCUAUUCAGAAAUGGGUUUUGUUUGUAAUGGUUUUAGGAUCUGUUUUUAGUAUUUGGAUGUAAUUUUAAUGUUAUGAUAUGAUAUGAACUUAGAUGUUAUGUAUCUCAUAUCUCCUAUUUUGUAUUGCCACAAAACUUUAUUAUUAGUACGUAUGUGGUAUGAAGAAUUAGGGAUAUGAUAUGAGAACUUUAUUAGUACUUUAUGCAGGAAUAGGGAUGUAUUAGAGGUAUGUAAAAUGCUAACUUUUAUGUGAUGCAUCUUCAAUCAUAUGAUAUGAGAAGCUAUUAUUAGUA